UUGAAUGCAAAUCCCCUUUGCGUUCGGUUGUUUACUGUUGCGUCCACGACGAUAGGCAGGCUUCCCCUCGUGGCGGCGGCGCAGAAGCCGUGCGUCUGUUUGGUGCGGCCGUGAGAGAAGGGACGGAAUCCGCCGCCGUCCGGUCCGUAAUCCGUGGCGAUAAAACCCAAUCCCCCGCUGCCCCGGUAUCAAUCGCGGCAGCAUGGAGUCGGGAGCCAGAUCAGAAGCAAGGCCAGACGAGGAAGGGCCGGCCCCGGCGGGAAGCAGCAGCGGCGGCAGCAAAGUGUACCACGAGAGGCAAAGGAUGCAGUUCUGCCUCCUCCACGCCCUCAACAACCUUAUGCAGGAAAAAGAAUCGUUCACCCGAGCUGAGCUGGAUGGGAUUGCUGAAAAUCUUGUUCUUACUGAUCCAAACAAGGAGAAAUGGACUCCUCUAUCGCUGAUUUGGAAGCCCCACCACAAUGCAUUAACAGGGAACUAUGAUGUAAAUGUUCUUAUCGCGGCAGUAGAAUCUAGAAAGAAGAAGGUAGUUUGGCAUGAUCAUCGGAAGGGAGCAUCUUCGAUUGAUCUGGAUGCCGAAGCGCUGGUAGGUCUGAUGAUCAAUGUACCCGUGAGGAGGUUGAGGGGUCUGUGGACCGGGAGGCAUUGGGUGGCAAUUCGAAGCAUUGAUGGCAUCUGGUUUAAUUUGGACAGCGAUCUUCCGUCGGCCAAGCAGUUUCAGUGCAAAGAAAAACUAAUUGCGUUCCUGGACAGCGUUCUCAGUCAAGGCGGAGAACUGAUGAUCGUGCUCCAAGACGAAUGAUUGCACUGCUUAAGAUCUCCAAGGGCUACAACAAUUGGCUUCUCCUCUGUGAUUUAUCCGUUGCCCAUAUUUCCGAAUUGGCAAUGAGAUCACCUGCGUCUGCAAUAGCAGCUUCUCUGAAACUCUCUGAUCUUUGUGAGAAUCAUGGUGUGCCUGUAGGAGUUCGGAUACAUGGAAUGAUAGAAGUUUUCAGUUUUCUGAGAUUGUGUAUGCAGAGCUUAGGAAAGGAGAAUCUGUUGCGGCAGUGUAUAUGCCUUUUUUUUGUAACUGAAGUGUAUAUGCUCUGUGGAAAACUAUUUUGUGAGCAUUGCUUUGACGUGUACAUUACAUCUUGAACCAUUUGGUGUGAGUUUUAUUUAGUUUCUUGUGUGUU